AUGACUUUCACUACCCAGCUGUCUCACUACGAGCCAGACACGCGGCGCCGCGUCACCUACCUGCGCGCGCGAGCCGACGACGACCCGCCAGCCUACGCCGGGUCGACGCAGACGCUCGAGACGGUCAUCCACGACGCGCGGGCCAGCUCUCACACGCUUGACGAGUCAGCGUUUGCGCUCGUCCCGUUUCCGACGGCGCUGAACAACGAGGACUUCUACUCGGAGCGCGUGGUGAGCGACUACUACGCCGAGAUGCAGGAUCUGCUGAAGAAGCACACUGGAGCCACGCACGCCAAAAUCUUUCACCACCAAGUACGCUGCGCGGAGAAGAGCGACGCGUCCGUUGCAAAGGACGGUUCGUUCGACACGUCGACCUCGGUGCAAGGAUACGCGCACGGGAUCCAUACCGACUCGAGCGGCCCACACGCCGAGACGCUGUGGCGGCACUUUGUGCAGGGCGAGCCUGCCGAGUGCAGAAGCGGGCGCUUCGUGUACAUCAACGCCUGGCGCAACAUCUCGUCUUCGCCCAUCGAGCAGGACCACUUGGCAGUCCUCGACGAGCGCUCGCUGGUGAAGCCGGACGACUAUGUCCACGUCGAUCUGAAGGGCGUGGGCUACGACGUGCUGCAAUACGGCCUCUCCUCGCGGAACGCGGGCCGCCAUCGCUGGUUCUACUUUCCCAAGAUGGUUCGGGACGAAGUGCUCCUCUUUAAGCAGUACGACAGCGACUGCAGCAAGAGCGGGAGGUGUUGCUUCCACACGGCCGUGCGCGACCCGACUGCUCGCGCCGACGCCCCGCCGCGCGAGUCCAUCGAGGUGCGCGCCAUUCUCUUUUUUGCGAAUCACGAAGGCCCAAACACCUGCCCGGUGCUACCCGCCGAGGAGGGCGCGACGGACGACGGCUGCGACGAGGCUCGCGCCCGCGAGGGCGCUACCAAGCUUGCCGGCGCGUGCACGUUUGUCAAGAGCAAUGCCAUGUACCGCGCAAUGGUUCAGAAGCACAUGAAGGCCGACUAUGAGACUGGCGGCGCGCUGGCGGUGAUUCGCAAGUUUGCGGACGACGAGCAAGGCACCCUUGGCCUCAAGAGUGCGAGCGCGGAGACGAAGGAGCGCGCGGCGGAGCUGGCGUUCGGCGCGGGGCUGGCGACGCGGGACGUCGAUGAGAUCUUCUGCGGCCCCUCGGCGGCGGUGCUCUUUCUGCAGUCGCUCCAGCAGUCGCGACUCGCCGCGGCAAUGGCAGGGUGCGCCAUCGGAGCGCUAGUGGCUGGGCGUGCAGCACACAGCAACACAAGACAUAUCUACGCUGUGCGCCUCCUCGGGAUUUCUGGGGAGUACGCGGUGAUGGUCAUGCGCAUCGGCUACCAGAUCGCGCUCUCUCCGCCCGACGGCGCCGAGGCGCGCCCGGACUGGAGCGCGCUGUCCGACGUGUGGCGCGAGCACGUGCUGCCGCACGCGGUCGCGCGCUGA